UAAGAGAUCUAGAAUUAUAUAGAAAGAUUUUUUUCGGCCGGAAAAGAUGUUUUUUUUAAAAAAAAAGCAAUCAAGGAAGUCACCAUCAUUAAGAUCAGAAGAACCUUUGCUUAAAAUAAAGCCAUUACCAGAUAAAAAUGAUUUUUGGAAGCAAUCGUAUAAAAGUUAUGAAGACAGUAUGAAAAUGUUGAUGUUUGAGUCGGAACAAGAGCCUUGGCAGCUUUCUCAAAAUUAUUAUUCAACAUAUGCACCUAUAGAUACAAGAGGAUAUAUAAUUUCGGAUCCAGAUAGAAGUAAUCCAACGAGAAGUAGAACAGAACGACCUCUUCAGACAAUUAUGGGGUUUGAAGAAGCUAUUUAUAGAAAUAAAUUUGGAGACCAAAGAACUAACAGUAUGACAAGUCAAAGCAGUUAUAUGUAUCCAAUGAUGAAAUACGAAUGUUCUGGAGCCAGUACAUAUGCACCAACUCUUGCAUCUAAAUCCUAUGAUGAAUCAUAUGACCAAGAGUCAGAAUAUAAGUGUUCCACGUUUAAUAAUUCAAGUAAUUUAUCUGGACAAUGCAGCAGUAAUGAUAGAUAUUCUCAAUAUCCGGAUAAUUCAGACGAAUUUUAUUCAAGCACGUCAAGCUCGAAUCAUACAUAUGGUUGUGACAAUAGCUCGGAAAACAAUUAUCAUGCAAGUAUUAAAUAUAAUCCAUCGCCAUUGGCGCGUUUUCCUAGACAUCAACAGAACAGAUAUAGAAGCCUGUAUGAGGAAUAUGAUCAGAGUCAAUAUGGAGAUCUUCGUUUAACAAUAACAGAUAGUCCAACGGAUAUUAAAGCCUAUAGGUCUCCUAGUAAUGAAAUCCAAAGAUUCCUUUUAUCAAAAGCUAAUCCAAAAUCAAACAAAUAAUAUUUAAAAUAUUUUUUAGAUCAAUAGUUAUAAAGCACUAUUUUUU